GCGAACCGAGAAAGCGACGCUCGCUCAAAUCUAGAGGAAAAUCACAGUGGAGCGCAGUUUCUGUUCACCUUUUUUGGGGACGUGUUUAUUUCCUCUUUCAGUUUAUCUUUGCGCAGAUUUGGAGGGAGAGAUGCAAUGAAGUCCACGGAGAAGUUGGAGAGCAGUUGUCAGCUGAGAGUAAAGUAGACGUGGAAGGCUGCAGAGUGGAGAGAACAGACUUACAGGACGCAGGCUCUCACACUUUAAGACAAUGGAAAUGCUGUCCCUCAUCCCACGCCGAUCCUUCACUGUUAUGUACCGAAAACCCGCGUGUCAGUGGAUGUGAAAUGGUGUAAACAAGCUGCGCUGUUUUGAUUUGCGCGGAUCUGCUGGACUUAUUCCGGGGAGCGCUCCGAUGGGAGAGUAACGCAGCGGCAUUCGCUCCUGACAAACCUGGUAUUUCACAAAACGUUUAAAAACACCCCGAGUGACACCAUGUGGAGCCGUGGGACGUGGAUGUGGCAGGCGGCACUGUGCUGCCUGCUCUUGGAAACAUUGUUGCACACUGCCAGAGGUCUCAACAUGUGCAUGAGUGGCAGUGCUACUUCCUGUGAGGAAUGCCUCCUGAUUCACCCCAGUUGCGCCUGGUGCGCACAAGAGGAUUUUGGAAGAGGGCGGACUCUGACAUCACGGUGUGACUUUAGUCAAAACCUGCUGAAGAGAGGCUGUGACGCACACUUCAUUGAGUACCCAACCAGCAGCAUUAAUGUCCAGCAGAACACACCCCUGAGUUCUAAAGGGUCGGGGGCAACCCAGUAUGAUGUGGUCCAGAUUAUGCCUCAGAAGAUCUCUCUCAGCCUGCGACCAGCAGACCAGACGUGGUUUAGCCUGCAGGUGCGGCAGGUGGAGGACUACCCGGUGGAUCUCUACUACCUGAUGGACCUCUCUCUUUCAAUGAAAGAUGAUCUGGACACCAUUCGUAACCUGGGCACUAAGCUGGCCCAUGAGAUGGGCAAGCUCACCAGCAACUUCAGGCUAGGCUUUGGCUCGUUUGUGGACAAAAACAUGUCCCCGUUCUCCUACACGGCACCAAACUAUCAGGAGAAUCCAUGUAAUGGAUACAAGCUGUUUCCCAACUGUGUCCCCAGCUUUGGUUUUCGCCACAUCCUCUCACUGACUGACAAAGUGGACCGUUUUAACGAGGAGGUGCAGAAGCAGAUGGUAUCCCGCAAUAGAGAUGCACCAGAGGGUGGGUUUGACGCCAUCCUGCAGGCUGCUGUUUGUAAGGAAAAAAUAGGCUGGAGGAAGGAGGCCUAUCACCUGCUGGUGUUCGCCACAGACGAUGUACCUCACCUUGCUCUGGAUGGCAGGCUGGGUGGUCUCGUCCAUCCCCACGACGGACAGUGCCAUCUCAAUGACAACAACGAGUACAGCGCUUCCACACAGAUGGACUAUCCCUCUCUGGCUCUUCUUGGGGAGAAAUUGGCAGAAAACAACAUCUUCCUCAUCUUUGCUGUGACAAAAAGGCUGUAUGUUAUUUAUAAGAAUUUUACUGCACUCAUACCAGGGACCACAGUAGAAAUCCUCGAUCAGGACUCCAAGAAUGUGAUCCAGCUAAUUAUCACAGCCUACAAUAACAUCCGCUCUAAAGUGGAACUGUCAGUGUGGGACCACCCAGAGGACAUUAGUCUUUCCUUCACUGCCACCUGUCAGGAUGGAAAGCCGCUGCCAGGCCUCAGGAAGUGUGCCGACCUGAAGAUAGGAGACACCGUCUCGUUCAAUGUGAGUGUGGAGGCGAGGAGCUGUCCUCCCCGUGGCACUGUCAAGAGUUUCACAAUCAAGCCGGUGGGCUUCAAAGACCGCCUGGAAGUGGCUGUGGAAUAUGAGUGCGACUGCGGCUGCAGCCGGAAUGCACAGAACAAUAGCAGCAUCUGCAGCUCCAUAGGUACUUAUAACUGUGGGACUUGUCACUGUGAGCCUGGCUACCUGGGCGCCCGCUGUGAGUGCCAGGAGGGCGAGGCAAGCAGCAUGUUCCUCAGCGCCUGCAGGGAGGCCGAGGGCAAGCAGAUCUGCAGCGGACGAGGCGAGUGCAGCUGCAACCAGUGUCUGUGCUAUGAAUCCGAGUUUGGAAAGAUCUACGGCAGCUUCUGCGAGUGUGAUGACUUCUCGUGUGCUCGACACAAAGGCAUCCUCUGUUCAGGUCAUGGAGAGUGUCACUGUGGGGAGUGUAAAUGCCACGCUGGUUACAUUGGUGACAACUGCAACUGCUCGACGGAGACAUCAAGCUGUAUUUCGGAUGAUGGGCAGAUGUGCAGUGGGCGAGGAAGCUGCGUGUGCGGCCGCUGUCAGUGCACUGAGCCGGGAGCCUUCGGGGAUACCUGUGAAAAAUGCCCCACCUGCCCUGAUGCCUGUGGCACGAAGCGGGAGUGCAUCGAGUGCCGGCUUUUCAACUCAGGAAGGCUCGCAGACAAUCAGACUUGCCAGCGCCAGUGCAAGGAUAAAAUCAUCACUGUGGAGACCCUCAAAACCGAGGAGCCCGGCGCUGUGCUUUGUCUCUACAAGACAGACAACGAUUGUGUCAUGAAGUUCACGUAUUCUGAGCACGCCAGCGGACAGUCCAUACUCUCAGCUCUUAAAGAGCCAGAGUGCGGUGGGGGACCAGAUGCCCUGAUGGUGCUGCUGGCAGUGGUUGGCAGCAUUUUGCUGGUGGGGUUGGUGCUGCUUGCUGCCUGGAAGCUGGUCAUCACUAUUCACGACCGGCGAGAGUUUGCCCGCUUCCAGAGCGCUCGGUCACGCGCCCGAUAUGAAAUGGCCUCCAACCCUCUGUACAAGCACCCCAUCUCUACACAUUUUGUCGAAACAGAUUUCAGCAUGUACAGCAAGUCCUACAACGGAGGGCUCCACUGAUCCCUCAGUACAGGGCGCGGCAGGACCGGUCCAAAAAACAGAUCAAGGGGACGGGGCCAAGGUGGAUGUGGAUGAGCACACUCACCCCUCUGCACAGUGCACGCCCGCAGUGAUAACACAAGAGAAAUGAACUAAAGUGUGAUCAAAGAGAAGUCUGUGGCCUUUUUAUUUUUAUUUUCACAGAGGACUUUCCAGCCUACCGUCUCUGUGCUUCACUCAACAAAUCAACACCACCCGUCUUGUUAAGAUGGGGUGAAAGAGAGAUUAGAGUUAGACAUGAGUGCAGUUACUCAACAAACAGACUCAUGGAAAUCGUAACACCAGCCACAUAAAAAAAGCACCGUUCAUUUUGUACAGAGCAGGCACGACAUUGGCUUCUAUUUGUAUAUUUUUAUAAACAUUAAAGAUGGAUUUAUAGCACAGACUGCACACCCAGCAGGACUCUGAACACCAGAUAAUUCCAAUUCACACCAUUCUUAAAAAGCACAUAUUUCUGGGGUGGGGGCUACAAAGAUGUUUUGAUACUACUAACAUUUACUAAGCAACAGACUUCUUACCUUCAUUUUGCACAGAGGUUAUUGAGAGGUCGAGUCUUGGAAUGAUCUAAUUUGUUUUUUUUUAAAUAGUUUUUAACUGUCUUAAGUGUGUGUGUGUGUGUGUGUGUGUGUGUGUGUGUGUGUGUGUGUGUGUGUGUGUGUGUGUGUGUGUGUGUUGUUCUGUGCUCCAGCUGCACUCAAUUGCAGGGUACAAACUCAGACCUAAGCAUCUGAACCCCUAAGGUUAAAGCUGGUGUUGCUCUGUAUUUUUCUUCCUGUAGGAAGAUCUAGCAUCAUAUUAUUCAUGUUCUGGCCUCUUUACCACAUCUGUCCCCCUUGAUCCCAGAUCUGAAUUUUCAUAAGGGGUGUGUGUGUGUGUGUGUGUGUGUGUGUGUGUGUUUGUGUGUGUGUGUGUGUGUGUGUGUGUGUGUGUGUGUGUGUGUGUGUGUGCGUGUGUGUGUGUGUGUUUAGUUUUGGGUUUUUUUGUUUUGUUUUGUUUUGUUCUUUAUCGCUUUUCUUUAAACAAACAACUAAAUAAAUCACAUGUUAUACAAUGAAACACACGUGGCUCUCUAACAUGAGCAUUAGCAGCUGUUCAGUCCUGGGAUGGCUGAAGAGACUUCAGUACAGGCAGGACUGGAUUUUAAGUGGUUCUGUUUGUUAUCAGCCUGAUGUUAAUAUUUCCAAAAGAGGAUAUAAAAUUUCAUCUUGUUUUUUUUUUUUUAGAGAUGAUUUACAAUGUAAACUUAAAAUGAUUCAUUUGAUUUGAUCUGCAGCUACAGGGAUUAAUAAAAUAAACUGAGUAUAACUUUAGUGUUGCAAGGUCAUGGAGUCUCGGUCAGCCAGCAGUCAGCUGAUGGGAAUGCCACGCCACAUCAGCUGAUGCUCAUGUAUCCUAUUGGCUAGUCUCAUGUAUGACUUGCCAUUUAAGCUGCUGCCACUGCAAGCUGUUUUGCAACCCACCUCCACCUCGGCUUUUCUUUGUCAUGCUACACAUGCCAUUUAUAACUGAAUUGGUAUCUGUUGCCACUGAUGCCUGUGUCUAUUCUCUGAGAUGGUCUUGUGUCUGCUCUCCCUGCCUUUAGGCUUUCCACGGAUGACAUUGAGAGGGUAGGGAAGGUACCAGAGCAAAACUGCCAAAUAUAACUUCCUGCAGAUAUUUAGACUAAAGUGUUCCUUACAGAGCUAUCUUUUUUGGCUGUUUACACAAAACAAGCAAUAUGAUGAUGUCACUGUUACUAAGUAACAGACUAAUAAAGUGCCAGAAUUCCAUUCACCAAAACUGAAGCACAAACUUCUUGGAUGGUCUGUACCACACAGCAGGACAUAUUGUCAGAUAAUUCCACUGAAAAGCCUUAAGCAGAUCCAAAUAGAUACAUUAAAUAUGAUACAUUUUCACCUGCCAUCUAUUUUGGUUCUUUGAGUUUGGUUUCAUUUUUCAGUUCUUAAAGAGGAUGCUUGAGAUAUUUGGCUUUUAAUAUACAGGAAGUAUCUAUAUUAUUAAUUAUAGUCAACAGUGUCUUUUUAAAUGCAUUGACAGUGAGAAAAAUCAGAAAUAUCACCAGCCUCUGAACGUCUAAAACCUUCCAAUCAAAAUAACCAGCAGUAGGUACAUUGUUGCAUUAGUGUGCAGUGGAGACAGAUCAGUGAGACUGUGACAUGUGCAGAGUUUCAUUAAUGUGGAUUUGGGCACAUAAUAUGACUGACUUAUUACGCAAUCCACCCUGCCAGCUGUGGGAGUGGGUGGACGUAAAGUGUCCAGGGUCAUAAAUCAGUCACUGUUCCCACAGAAAGAGGCUCAGAGGGGAGAGCCUGGGGGGAAGAAGGUGCUCCUUUUAGGAACAUUCUUAAGGAAAAGUGUCAGGGACUUGGAGUCAGUGUGUGUGUGUGUGAGAGUGAUGAAUGUGUGUUAAUGUUACAUGUGGGCAUAUGUACAUACAGGGCCGAAAGAAAACAAAAUGUCUUCAGUUGUGUAACUUUGACUCGGGUGUGCUUCUUGGCAGUGUUGACUAAAGCUCACCCACCACUACCUUUCUCAGCUCCUCCUUCCUGUACAGCCCUGAACAUUUUCACAUGGAAAAACAGGAUUCACAGCAUUCCAUGUAAUUCUGCACGCACACAGAGCAAAACAAUAAAUCUGCUUAUGGCGAA